AUGGUGGUUCUUUUCUGGAUUGUGAACCACCAUGUGGACAAUAACGAUUUUACAAAGGCUUACGUCACCGUCCUUAUGUGUCCCCUUUCAUCGUCGUCCUUUAUGAAACUGUGGACCGUAACAAACAACGUAGCAGGAGCACCUCUAACACAAGACACUUAUAGUGAUAUAAGCUACUUUGUCAACAACAUGUAUGGAGCGCUAAUUACGGGCAGCCAGCUAUACGUUUUGAUGGGAUCCGUUGGGUUCACACUUCUUCUCAUCGCCACUGUUGUGCAACAACGAAGAUGUCAUGAGACUGAGGAUACAUGGGUUGGAUUUUGUACAAUACAGUUCGUCGCAUUGAGUCUCGGAGUACUCAACCAUUUCCUUGAUCUGCCAUAUCAUGGCUUGCCUGGAUUCAUGAUCACUCUCACAACUAUGCUAGCGAGCAUCGUGCUUAUCAUCCUUGCCAUUCUG